AUGGAGGACCCAAUAUGCCCAAUCGACGCAAAAUAUGCCGGUCAAGUUUCCGCCCUUCUCACUCCUCCGCCUCUUCAUCAAGUUCAGGAGUACUAUGAAGCACUUGUAUCUGAAAGAAAAUGCUCCGGGCUUAAGGUGAAACCAGAGAGCGAGCAUGGCAAAGGAGUUUUCAGUGAAGUAGAUUUUCAAGAAGGUGACCUAAUAUUGAAGGAUCAAAUACUUGCUGGCGCACAACAUUCGUCUAACAAGAUCGAUUGCUUGGUGUGUAGCUUUUGCUUCCGAUUCAUUGGCUCUAUAGAGCUUCAGAUUGGAAGGAAACUGUAUCUGGAAGAGUUGGGGAUCCGUGCAGUUGAUGAGUGUGGGCCUUCUGAUGAUGAGGGAUCGUGUAGCAGCUCAUCACAAAAGACUCGUCUCCCACAAGAUACUAUCCAGUUUUUAAUGAAUGGCAACUUGCUUUUGCCUUAUUCAGAGAAGUUCCCUUUGCCUUCGGUUGUUUCAUGCCUGGGAGGAUGCCUAGAAACUCAUUACUGCAGCCAAUCGUGUGCGGAAGCUGAGUGGGAUUUGUUCCAUUCAUUACUCUGUGCUGGGAAAGGAUCAUCUUCACCUAAUACAAAAGCACUCGAAGAAUUCACGAAACAUGCAAAUGGUAAAGAUGCGAAUUCUUUCUCUGAAUUUGUUACUGUGAUUUCAUCUACCAUUUUGAGGUACAGAAAGUUGAAAGUGGUUCAGGGUGAAGUGCAGGGCAAGAAUGAUGCAUCUUGUCUGAGCAACAAUGAUAUUUCCCCUUUCCUGUUGGAGGCAUGGAAGCCUGUUUCCAUGGGAUUCAAGAGAAGGUGGUGGGAGUGUGUUGCUCUGCCCGAAGAUGUUGACUCUUGUGAUGAAGAAGAAUUCAGAUUGCAAAUAAAACAUUUAGCAUUUGAGUCACUACAGCUCCUGAAGGAAGCCAUUUAUGAUGAAGAAUGCGCGCCGCUGUUUUCUCUUGAUGUCUAUGGUCAUAUAAUUGGCAUGUUUGAGCUGAAUAACCUUAAUUUGGUUGUAGCAUCGCCUGUGGAGGAUUACUUCUUGUUCAUUGAUGAUCUUCCUCUCUCACAAAAGAAAGAAGCUGAAAAGAUAACAAAAUCAUUCCUUGAUGCCCUUGGAGAUGACUACUCAAUUUCAUGUGAAGGUACCGCAUUUUUCCCGUUGCAGAGUUGUAUGAAUCACUCGUGCAUUCCUAAUGCAAAAGCAUUUAAGCGAGAAGAGGACAAAGAUGGCCAAGCUACUAUCAUAGCUGAACGACCAAUUAGAAAGGGAGAAGAGAUAACGAUAUCGUACAUAGAUGAGGAUCUUCCUUACAAAGAGAGGCAGGAAUCACUCGCGGACUACGGGUUCACAUGUAAAUGCCCCAAAUGCAUCGAAGAAGAGCCAUGA